UCAGAAGGCAAUGCUGCUCGAGAAGACUGAUGCUAGUUUGGCUAAUGUUAGGCUAGCUAGCUAACGUUUCUUGCUUGCCUGAAGAUAGCGUGCUCGGCGAAGAGACUAGAACAAGAGGCUGAGUGGUAAAUCAAUCAUGGAAGAUAAUACCAAGCACAAACUAAAAUACAUAUUUUUCACAACUUUAAAUGUAGAUAACUAUUCUAUUUUUCUUGUCAGGAAUCAAGCAGAGUUAAACGCUUAUUUUUAACGAUUUGGGCAUCGUUUUUAUCACGAAAAGGAAGCAUGAGCUCGUCAGUGAAUUGUAGCUAGGAAAACUCCAUCGAUUGUUAGCUAGCUAACGUUAGCGUGCGUGUUAACGGUUUAAGCAGAAUGCACACAAUUAUUCAUGGUUUGCUCGUAAACCUUUUGAUUCAUGUUUUGUAACAGUAAUGUGUUUGAAAAUGAGAAAGUAUUUUUAAAAUGUUAACUUGUUAGCUAGCUACAACGUUCCAUCUGAAAAAUGUCAAAAUUGUAUGAACGUGCAUGUUGACAACGGAGCUAUAACGACGUUAUAAACAUCUGUCAAGGCUCAAGUCUUGAAUAUGUUGGGUUGCUAACGUUACAUUAUUGCGUCACGAAAGCCAUCAGAUGGGGAAUAUAUUACACUCGAUUUCUCGAGUUACUGUGGCUUUGUCAUAGGAGCUUGCGCCAUUGUCCUUGGAGACGGCACCGCAGAAAUGUGGGUACUAUAGCAGCUUGCUAAAAAAUACAGUAUUAGGGCCUAUGAGGGGGGGCAAUCUUGGCAACAUCACUCGGCACGGUCACCACCAAAGAAGUCUCCCGAAACGGAAGAAGUGACAGGAUGAACAACAUCAACAAAAGCAGACCCUCCAGCUCCGCCAGCUUCUCCUCUACCUCAACAGCAAGUGCCCUUGAUGAUGACAGCACCAGCCUCAGGCAGCAGAAGCUGGAAAAGCAGAGGGCGCUGUUGGAGCAGAAGCAGCGGCGGAAGCGGCAGGAGCCUCUGAUGGUGCAGCCCAACCCAGAGGCCCGGCCCAGGCGCUCCAGGCCUCGGCGCAGUGAGGAGCAGGCCCCGCUGGUGGAGUCACGCCUCAGCAUCACCAGCGAUGUCAUCAUGGAUGGUAUCGACGGCCCUGCUGCCUUCAUGGGCUCUGAGGCCCCAGACCUGGGUGCCAAGAUCCAGAUUCUGUCGGUGAGCAAGUCCCAGCCCCUGUCCCUGUCCCAGCCGCUGCCCCAGUCUCCCCCCGCAGAGGAGCCAGACCGGGACGGAGACACGGAGACUCUGCUGGAGCCCAAGACGGACAUCCACGAGCUGCUGCAGAAACGAGGUCUAUCAGGCAGUAUGAACUACGAAGAGGCCAGUGAGGAUGAGGAACACGGUGACGAAGACCGGACACGCUCGUUGUCCCCCAACCCAGAGUCAACCCGGCCUGCGUCUGCCUCCAGCACAAAGUCCAACACAGAGUACGUGGCACCGGGGUCGCCCACGGCGGAGAGCGCCCUGAUCGAAGUGGACAACCUGGAGGAGUUUGUGGUGCGUCCCGCACCCCGCGGCGUCACCGUCAAGUGCCGCAUAUCCCGGGACAAGAAGGGAAUGGACCGCGGCCUGUACCCCACCUACUUUAUGCACAUGGAGAGAGAGGACGGCAGGAAGCUGUUUCUUCUGGCUGGGAGGAAAAGAAAAAAGAGCAAGACGUCCAACUACCUGAUCUCAGUGGACGCCACGGACCUGUCACGCGAGGGAGAGAGCUUCAUGGGGAAACUGAGGUCUAAUCUGAUGGGGACCAAGUUCACAGUGUAUGACCAAGGCACCAACCCCUGUAAGAACCCUGGAGCUCUGCUGGAGGAGAGCAACACACGACAGGAACUCGCAGCCAUCUGCUAUGAGACCAACGUUCUGGGGUUCAAAGGCCCCCGCAAGAUGACCGUCAUCAUCCCAGGCAUGAACAUGAACUUUGAGAGGGUUCCCGUCCGUCCAAACAGUGAGCAGGACAGCCUUCUAAGUAAGUGGCAGAACCACUCAGUGGAGAACCUGAUCGAGCUGCACAACAAGGCCCCUGUGUGGAAUGACGACACCCAGUCCUACGUGCUCAAUUUCCACGGCCGCGUUACACAGGCCUCCGUCAAGAACUUUCAGAUCGUCCAUGACAACGAUCCGGACUACAUCGUAAUGCAGUUUGGCAGAGUGGCCGAGGACGUAUUCACCUUAGACUACAACUACCCCAUGUGUGCCCUGCAGGCCUUCGCCAUUGGCCUGUCCAGUUUCGACAGCAAACUGGCCUGCGAGUGACCAACCUCAUCACGACUCCUAACUCGCCAUUCCCUCCAUGGCCUUUUCAACCUACUCCCUCCCCUCCAGGACAACGCCAACUCCACAACACCGCCCCUCCCCGUCACAGGAUUCAGCGCCUUCCUUGUACAGUCAGCAGUCAGUUCGCCAGUAGUCUGCCACUAUGGAAAUAAUCAUGAACUAUGACCUCUCACCCCUACGUGGUACAUCCAAUCAUGGCACCCGAAUCAUGCUGACUUGGAGAGCAGAUGAAGAGAGUGGGUGUGUGUGAGAGAGAGGACAAAAGCAAGUCGAUUUGGGUGGAGGAUAUAGGAUUUUCCUUAUUGGCAGAAAAAUGAAAUUACCGUCCACAAAGGGAAACUUGUCAAAUCAUCAAGGCGCCUUUGUUUUUAUUUGUAUUUAUCUGUAGUUCUGUGUCAAUGAGUUUGCAUUGCUGUUUGUUGCUUUAGCUGUUGUAUAUUGGUGAUUUGAUGUGUAUUGAAAUUGAUUGAAAGGGAAAAAGGACACCAAGCAUCAUAGACCAAACACUCCCUGUUAGGGACAGGACUUCUAACACAGACUAGACCAGGUCAUAGGAGAUGGUGUCUUUGAUUUAUAUCAGAUUUGAAUAUUUUAUAGGCCUCAACACAUGUCUGAUGAACUUGACUUUUUAGCAGAUGCUUUUAAAGUUGCCUUUAAUGUUGAUUCCAAGUGUCAUUUUACUCCAUUUUACAUUCUGUUGCCUUCCACAAUCACUGUCGUGCGAUUCUUUUUUUGCAGCAUCAAGAUGUUCAAUAACUCUAACGUUAAACUAUUUCAACCCUUUUUUAAUUUUCUUCCUCUUGAAGAUACAUUUCUCAUGAUCACAUUUAUUUGCCUGCAUAUCCAUCCAAUGUGUCCUCAUCUGUUUUCUUGUUUUAAAAACACACGUCAGUAAAAGUAUCUCAGUAGCAUUCUGAGGAGUUUGGAAGGGAACAUUUCUUACUGCAAUCCCUUUGUACAUGUCAUUUUGUGAUGUCUUAGCCCCAUGUCAAGUUAAAACCUCACGGGAACGUCAAUAGAGUUGCCCAGCAAGCACGAUUAAAGGAUUUUAUUAUAGUUUUAUGUAAGAUAUGUCUUAAUGUUUGGACAUACUGCUCAUUUUCAAAUAUCAUAAAAUGUCAGCCUAAAUGUCAUUUCAAUGUGUGGAAUAUAAAAGAGUUAGCCUGGAAUCCAAACAAUAGAGGAAUAUUCCGUUUGGAUUCCAAGUGACAACGGUCACCCUGUACUCAGUCUACAUUAUAUGCCAAACGUAUCUACCCAUUUAAAAUGAUACCAGAUUGAAUAAUAACACAUUUUAUAUGUACUGUAACUGUUCAGCAGACUACACUUGUACUGUACCAUGAAGUCAUUGAGAACCCACUGGGCGAAAUCUGGUUGAAUCCAUGUUGUUUCCACGUAAUUUCAACCCCAACAUUUGAGGUGAUGACUUUGAAUCAACGUGGAACACUGACUGGAUUUGCAAAAAAUAAUUGCGUCUUUUUUUUUUAACCCAACGUUUAAAUCCAAUGACUGGGUCAAAUGUUUGUUUGAUUUCACAAUGAUCUGUGCCCAGUGGGAAAUUACUUUUGGGGUGACAUUUAAGGUCCAAAAUAGUUCAAAUCUGUGCAAAAAUAAAUAUAAAGAUGAGCAUAACAAGUUAUUUAAGUAGUUUUAAGUACACUGAAAAAUGCAUAAAUAGUGGCCUUUUACAACGCUCGUUGCCGAAGAAAAGUUUCAAAUUACAUCACAAUGCCAGAUUAUUACUUUUACAGUAUUUUUUGCACCAUGAAAAAGUCACCCUUGAUUAUAGUUUCAGCUGGAUGGAUAUGCUAUAGAGA